AUGGCCAUCGCGGCCCUUUUCACCACCUAUCAUUGUCUCGAUCUUCAUGUUCGCUAUCGAGACUCUGUGCGUGCCAAGUACUCAGCCACGCAGUUCACCAUCCUAUCGGACUACGAUGAAGCAACACUCAGUAGGUCAGGAUGGGAGGCUGAGUCUCACUUGUCCAAUCCUGAGCGCAUGGCCCUGCUCGAGAACAGGCCGCAAUGGAAGAGGCUAGGGGGUGGCCGGGAGGGAGAAGCUUUCAUCUACAACGGUUCUGUCAUCAAAGUCUACAAUGAGGCGAGCAGUCCUUUCCGCAACUGCAUGUCAGACACGGACGAUGGAUUGAGGAGAUGGCCGACAGAGAUCCCAGUCAGUCUCAUCAUGGGAGGCCAUGAGGACAUCACAACACCACCAAACGACGAUAUGUAUAGGGACUUGUUUGUUCCGGUCAAGGACUACUUUCUCGCCACUACGAACCCUUCACAACCACCCAAAUGGCAUCUCGUCACACCAUUCCUCAAGGCCGGCACCCUCGCCAAGCUGGCAAAGAAACUACGCACCUCGGAGAGGCCGCUCACAUAUCGUGAGGUCGACAUGAUGUUCCGUCCAUCUUUCGAGUCCCUCCUAUCCGCUUUGGAUUACCUCCACCAAGCUCAUAACCUCUGUCACGAUGACAUCAAGAUGGACAACAUCUUCGUGGCAUCCGAGGUUGACCCUAGACGAUGGAAGAUCGGGGAUCUUGGCAAUGCUCGUGAGCCUGAGCACCCGUAUCACUUUACACCACUGUGGGUUGCCGACACCCCGCAGCUGCGCGACUGUCGUGCCAACGACGCACUGCGCUUGACGAAGUCGUACAUUGAGUUCGUGCGCAUCGCCAGCGGGAAUUCGGAGGAGUUUGACGUGGCCUUCUUCCAAGGAGUUGAGCCGGCAAGCAGGUUCUACUGGACCGUCGCUGGUGCGGCAUCUCCUGCUUCGGCUGCAGACGUACGAGAGCUGUCAAGAGGCUUCCCUCCUUUGAUGGACGAGGAUGAGAUGGUGUGGACGUCAAUGGAGCGUGUCAAAGCCAAGAGCGGUUUCAAUGCUGUCACCACAGCUCUGCUUGGCUGGAAUGUCUCUCUCGGGAGGGCGGUCAUGAGUGAAUUGAGAGUUGGAGCGAAGGAGUUGAUGGGUCAGAUCUUUGGACUCACUGGCAUAUUGGGCGUUCCUGUCACAGGAUGUCACACUGAAUAA